UACGCCCAAAAUGGCGGCAGUAUUGAAAAGUUUGCUACUGUUUUUGUUUUAAUUUAACGUAUUUGGUCGGUCUCCUUCCACUUUGGAAUAAAUCCGUGAUUUGGGAACAAAAAAAAGAGUAUUAGUGGUUUAAUUCCAAUCUACGUACAUGUGAUAUGGAUCGGUGUGUUUUUCUCCGCCGGGGUGGUUUAUUUAGUUUACAUUUGUGAAGAGCCACCGUUGACGUGUACGAGCCAGAUGGCACUGAACCCAUGGACAUCACUCCUAUCAACUUCAUGAAGUUAAAAUGAAGAGCUUCUGUACGUAGAGAUGGAAGAUGAUGUAAAGAAAGUCAAAAAGCCAGGUAUUGUGUCUCCGUUCAAGCGGGUGUUUCUGAAAGGAGAGAAAGGGAGAGAUAAGAAGGCUCUGGAAAAGUCCACGGAGCGCCGGACACUCCACACUUUCUCCCUCUCUCUCCCGGACCACCGCAUCGAUCCUGACAUUCUGCUCAAUGACUACAUUGAAAAGGAAGUGAAGUAUCUGGGACAGCUAACCUCAGUUCCUGGAUAUCUGAAUCCCUCCAGUCGCACUGAAGUUCUGCAGCUUAUUGACAAUGCCAGGAAGUCUCAUCAGUUGGCAGGGCAGCUGACAACAGAGCAGGAUGCUGUUGUCAGUCUAUCUGCAUAUAAUGUGAAGCUCAUGUGGCGUGAUGGAGAGGACAUCAUUCUCCGUGUGCCCAUCCAUGACAUCGCAGCUGUGUCCUAUAUCAGAGACGACUCACUCCAUUUAGUGGUGCUAAAAACAGCUCAGGAGUCUGGAGGUUCUCCAUGUCAUAGUACAGAGAUGUCAAAGGCUACCACGCUGAGCUCUCUAUCGGAAAGUGGGGCUGUGCUUGUGGAGGUCUGCUGCCUACUUGUGCUGGCCGUUGAUAACAAGACUGCUGCAGAAGAACUCUGUCUACUCCUUAGUCAAGUCUUCCAGAUCGUCUAUACCGAGUCAACCAUUGACUUCCUGGACAGAGCAAUCUUUGAUGGAGCCACAACGCCCACCAGGCAUCUCUCUAUCUGUAGUGAGGACUCGUCAAGCAAAGUAGAUGUCAAAGAGGUGUUUGAGACUGAGGCAAGCACAUUUUCAUUCCAGAGUUCUCUAGAAGCGGGGCACUCCUCUUGCCCCUCCCCUUCCUCCACCCCAGCCUCACCACAUACCAAACCACCCAGUGAGAGUGAACUGAGCACAACAGCUGCUGAACUGUUGCAGGACUAUAUGACCACACUGAGGACGAAGCUGUCCUCUCAGGAGAUUCAGCAGUUUGCCACACUGUUACAUGAGUACCGAAAUGGGGCCUCUAUCCAUGAGUUCUGUAUCAACCUCCGACAGCUUUAUGGAGAUAGCAGGAAGUUCCUCCUCCUUGGACUGCGGCCGUUCAUUCCUGAAAAGGACAGCCAGCACUUUGAGAACUUUUUGGAAACAAUCGGCGUGAAGGACGGUCGCGGCAUUAUAACUGACAGCUUUGGCCGUUACAAACGCACCGCAAGCUCUGCAUCAGACUCCACCACUAAUGGGAAUGGAGCUGUGGGUGGUUUGGAUGAGGGAACGAUGACCUCUGAGGGCGACGAAUGGGACCAAAUGAUUUCAGACAUCAGCAAUGACAUUGAAGCGUUAGGAACCAGUAUGGACCAGGACAGUGUGCCCUCUUGAUGUCACACCACUAGGUCAGGGACUCGAUGUGCGUUUUAGCCAAUCACCACUUGAUAUUAUCACAUGGGCCAUUGUUCCAUAUUGCUGACAAUGCUGGAGUUUGGAUACUGUACUUGUAUACUGUAUGCAUAACACUUCCUGGCUGUCAUCCUUAUUCUCAUAUGCUGUGCUAUAGGACCACAACUUUGAUGUCCAGAUUUGAUAAUCGUGAAUUUUAUGACCCGUGAUGUAUAGAAGGUUUGUCUUUUGCUGUGAACAGCAGUUGUAUUUCUGUAGGUAAUGUUUAUUGGCAGUAUCUGCUACCACUGAUGAGGAUUUUGGGGCUUGUAAAUGUUGCCCUUUCUCACUGUGUGAAGGGGUUACAUUUUACCUGGAUUGUGGAGCAUUGCUGAGUGACCUUUCUAAACCGUGAAGUGCUUGUCAAAACUUGACCAUUGGUUAGAAUUUUACACCCUUAUGUUAACUGCUCAAAGUUUGUGUUAAACUUGUUUUUCCUGUAACAUAUUUUUCACUCUUUUUUUUUUUUUUCCCAGCCAGGAUUGAUUAUAAUUACCCAGUUAUUAUUACCAUGUGGGUAUCUUCAGGUAGUACAUGUAGCACUAUAUAUAUUUUUUUUGUGGUUUUUUUUUUGUUGUUGUUGUUUCUGAAAACCUGGAAAAUGUUGAUAUGUGACAAAGUCAAUUUUCUGGCUGCUUGAGAAUGCAAUAUUGUGUACACUGCAUUCAAUUUGUGUCUUGCCAUUUAUUGUUACCUUCUCAGAGUUUUCAGUAGUCUAACAGUGUGCCUGGCAGAAUAACUGCUCAUAUCAUCCAACUGGGAUGUAAGGAAUAUUCUGUAAUCUGUACAGAACGUUACUGAAGUAUGAACUUAUUAAAAGUGCAGCACUUAAAGUCUCUUUUAA